AUGGUCGCGCAAUUUUUAGUAAUUGUCAUAUUCGCGGUUUUGGUUUUGACAAGUAAAGCGCAAAGUAAUAACACCACAACUUUUACUAAAGAGGAAUUGGAGAGAUUUAAAACACUCGUUUCGGACAAACUUGAAAAGGAACUGCAAAAUGGACCAAGUGAAUUUAUUCGGAAACACCACCUUGCACAUUUAAGACUUCACUUAGAUUUUUACAAGAAGGAGCUUAUGAAGGUUGUGAAUACAAAGGAUCCGAGUCAACAAUAUCGACUACCGAAGAUACGACAUCACAUCAGAAAAAUCGAGAUUGCUUUAAUUAACGAGCAAAAAAGAAUUAACAAAAAAACACAAAAGUAUGAAAAUUUGAUGAAAAAACGAAUUGACAAAACAAAAAAGUUAUUUAUUGAGGAGGCAAUUUCUCUCAAAAAAGGGGAAAAGGGCGCAACGGAAAUACGAAAAACUAAAGAGGCGUUCCAAGACGCUAUUCAAAAAAUCAAUCUUGAUUUACUCAAACAAAAACAUCCGUACAACAAAACGUCAAAGAACAGCGAGAUCUCGCAAAACCUCAGUAAAAUCAAGUUGAAGACAAAACUUUUGAUGAACAAAACUAUAAAAAAAUUGGCCGAAAAAAAUGGGAUGAGUGAUUUGGCGGAACAUGCGAGGAAUAAAACCAAAUAUUUGAAGAAAGAAUAUGCCGACUUUAAGAACAAUUAUCGGCAAUCGCUGAUUGGGAAAGUUGGAAGACUCAGAUUGAAACUUCUUAUAGCGAAGCAAGAUAUGAAAGUUAUCAGGCGGGUGUUGUCGAAUGUUGGGGAGUUGCCGAGAAAACGGGAGCAUGCAUUGCAACAAGAAAAAAAGAAGAAUUUUGAGAUUUUAGUUUUGACAAAAGGAGUGAGAAGGGCGGAACGAGAGUUGAGAGAUGCGAUACGGAAGGAAACAAGAAAAGCAAAAGAAAAAGUGAUGGAAGUUGGCGAGGAACUUGUUGCCCUUUCUGAGCGUUCUGCCAACAGGAAAAAUCAAGUACUCAACGGGUUGUUAAAAAAAGAGAGUUGUGCGUAUUUGGGCGAUCCAAAAUGCACAAUUUGGACAAAACUCAACAACAAAAUGAUAACUCGAGAUUGGAGAGAGGCAGAACGAGAUGAUUCAAAGGAGGCUCAAAAACGGUUUGCAAACAUCGUCAAGGCCAUCACAAACGACCUUGGAGAUGAAUUCAACAUCCAAAGUAAGCGACUUAAAUUCAUCAGUGACGCCGAACGGAUACACAAAGACGUGACUGAAGAAAAGGAAAGCGCAACAAAAGACUUUGGACUUGUGAAGUAUGGAAUUGAAGAGAUUAGAAGAUACAUACAAGAGACUUUAGUCAGAGCAAGGACUAUAUGGGCUGUACGCCUUGCACAGGGAAUGUUGCAGAGAAGAGCCGCAAUGAAACGGAUUGAAGCUGAAAUGGCGAAGCUUGGAAAGCCCGGAGAGAGAAACCAAGUUGAAUUCCAUUGGAUGGCGGAGGAGCAAAUGGGAAAAGGAAUUAACGACAUCAAACAACUCAAUGUCGAGCUUGUGUUGUAUGCGCUCAAGGAGCUCGACGCUGCGUUGAAAAAUGUGAAAACAGAGAAGGUAGAUUUGCAAGAAGAAGCGACUAAAGCCAUUGAAGACUUAAAGAAACUUGUCAAGCGCGGAGUGGUACGGGCGCGAGAUGUCGAGGGUGUCAACGCGUAUUUCGAGAGGAACGAGAAGGGCCAUGGGAAGAAGUGCGAGAGGUGUUUUGAACUUGCAAAGACGGUGAGGAUUGGUACCUUUAAUGGGUGGAAGAGUUCCAUAAUUUACAAGGAGCUUAUGAGGAAGUGUAAACUUUAUGAAGAAGUUGGAGGGACAGGAACAUGCGAAGAGACCGCAAUGGGGUUAAUGAAUAUGUACAGCCAAAAAGCGUUCCAGUUGCUACGCAGCAGCGCGUUCAAGAUGUGUGAAAAAUUGAAGUAUUGUUAA